AUUAGCUCAUUCAUUAGAUCAGCUAUACCCAUGGCUUCUUGUGGUGGUCCUCUACUCAUGAAGAGUGUGCUCCCGGCCCUUGAUUUUCCGGCUGAUUCGUCUUCGAUGCAGUUCUCUGUGGUUACUAAUUUUCGUCGGCAACACAAGCACAUGUUUUGCAGGGUGAUGGGUAGCAGCAUGGACAAUAAUAAUAAUAAUUCACAAAGUACUCAGGCUGUGAGGGCACUGACUUACACAGGACAGAAGCCUUCCACUCCAAUCUUGGACACAACCAACUACCCAAUUCACAUGAAAAAUCUAUCUAUCAAGGAACUUGAGAUGUUAGCCGAUGAGCUCCGGGAAGAGAUUGUGUACACCGUGUCGAAAACCGGUGGGCAUCUAAGCUCAAAUCUUGGAGUGGUGGAACUCUCUGUUUCACUUCACCAUGUAUUCAAUACCCCUGAAGAUAAGAUCAUAUGGGAUGUUGGGCAUCAGGCAUAUCCACAUAAAAUAUUGACUGGUCGGAGAUCCAAAAUGCAUACGAUCCGGCAGACUUGUGGACUUGCAGGCUUCCCUAAGAGGGAUGAGAGUGUGUAUGAUGCUUUUGGAACUGGCCAUAGUUCUACCAGUAUCUCAGCUGCCUUAGGAAUGGCUGUUGCUAGAGACUUACAAGGCAAGAAUAAUCAUGUAAUUUCUGUAAUCGGGGAUGGAGCCAUGACGGCAGGGCAAGCAUUUGAAGCAAUGAAUAAUGCUGGUUAUCUUGAUUCAAAUCUCAUCAUCAUCUUGAAUGACAAUAAGCAAGUUUCUCUUCCGACUGCCACUGUUGAUGGCCCUGCUAAUCCCGUUGGAGCCCUGAGCAAAGCCUUAGCAAAGCUCCACUCUAGCAGAAAGUUCCGGCAGCUUCGUGAAGUAGGAAAAAGUUUAACAAGACAAGUUGGAGGAGAACUGCCAUUUGAAAUUGCUGCGAAGAUUGACUCAUAUUCCAGAGAUAUAUUCGGCGGCUCUUGGGCUUCCUUGUUUGAAGAUCUGGGACUGUAUUAUAUUGGUCCUGUGGAUGGCCACAAUGUGAAAGACCUUGUUUCUAUCUUAAAGAAGGUGAAAGCCAUGCCAGCACCAGGUCCUGUGCUCAUCCAUAUCAUAACAGAGAAAGGGAAAGGCUAUGCUCCAGCCGAGGUUGCAGCUGAUAAGAUGCAUGGUGUAGUGAAAUUUGAUCCAAAAUCUGGGAAGCAAUUGAAGCCCAAAGAAACAUCUCUUUCAUAUACACAGUACUUCGCACAAUCUCUAAUUGCCGAAGCAGAGAAACAUGACAAAAUUGUAGCGAUACAUGCUGCAAUGGGAGGUGGAACAGGGCUUAAUCUAUUUCAGAAGCGCUUCCCUGAUCGUUGUUUCGAUGUUGGAAUAGCUGAGCAACAUGCAGUAACAUAUGCUGCUGGUUUGGCUGCUGAGGGUCUCAAACCUUUUUGCGCAAUUUACUCUUCUUUCCUACAAAGAGGUUAUGACCAAGUAGUUCAUGAUGUCGAUCUUCAGAAGCUUCCGGUUCGAUUUGCAAUAGACAGGGCUGGCCUUGUGGGUGCAGAUGGUCCGACUCAUUGUGGAGCCUUUGAUACCACUUUCAUGGCAUGCUUACCCAACAUGGUUGUAAUGGCUCCUUCUGAUGAAACAGAGCUAAUGAACAUGGUUGCCACGGCUUCAGCCAUUGAUGAUAGGCCUAGUUGCUUCAGAUACCCAAGAGGAAAUGGCAUCGGUACCAUUCUUCCACCAAAUAACAAAGGCACCCCUAUAGAGGUUGGUAAGGGAAAGGUGUUGAAGGAAGGGAAUAAGGUGGCAAUUUUCGGUUAUGGAACAAUAGUGCAAAAUUGUAUGGCAGCAGCAGAACUUCUUCAAGUGUUUGGCAUCUCAGUAACUGUUGCAGAUGCAAGGUUCUGCAAACCUCUUGAUGGAAAUCUGAUAAGAAGGCUUGCUCAGGAGCAUGAAGUUCUAAUUCUUGCCGAAGAAGGAUCCGUAGGGGGUUUCUGUUCUCAUGUCACUCAUUUCAUGAUCAUGAAUGGACUUCUAGACGGAAAUCUAAAGAUGAGGGUAAUGACACUUCCAGAUAGAUAUAUCGAGCAUGGAUCUCAGGCAGACCAGAUGGAACAGGCAGGUCUUACUUCGAAACAUAUUGCAGCCACUGUCUUGUCCUCUAUAGGUGAAAAUAAGGGCACCCUACAAAUGCUCAACCUGUAAUUCAUGGCUAAGAUGAGGAUA